GGAAACUACAGUUUGGUACUGAGUUUAUUCUUUUAGGGUUUCCGACCCAUCCUGAACUGCAGAUUGUCCUGUUCCUUACGUUUCUGACAUUGUAUGGUAUGAUUUUAACAGGGAACAUUGGGCUGAUGCUGUUAUUCAGGAUCGAUCCUCACCGUCACACCCCUAUGUAUUUUUUCCUUAGCAACCUCUCAUUUGCAGACCUCUGUUACUCCUCAGUCGUUGUUCCCAAAAUGCUGUUCAAUUUCCUCAGAAAUUGAAAACAAAGCUAUCUCCUGUUAUGGCUGUGCCCUACAGUUUUAUUUUUUCUGCACUUUUGCAGAUACAGAAUCUUUUAUUUUGGCUGCCAUGGCAUAUGAUUGUUAUGUCGCCAUCUGUAACCCUUUACUCUUUACAGCUGUGAUGUCUCGGAGCAUCUGUACAUGGUUGAUUGUCUUGUCCUACAUUGGAGGUAACAUGGUUUACACAUCCUUUGCCUUUAUUCUGAAGUACUAUGAUAAAAAUGUCAUUAAUCAUUUUUUCUGUGACCUCCCUCCCCCCUUGAGCUAUCCUGCACAGACACAUCCGUUAAUGAGUGGCUUCUCUCCACUUACAGCAGCUCAGUGGAAAUUACCUGUUUCACUGUCAUCAUCAUCUCCUACUUUUUUCAUCCUUCGUUCAGUUUCUUCUUCCAGUGGGAAGAAGAAAACCUUCUCCACAUGUGCUUCUCACCUGACUUCUGUGGCCAUCUAUCAAGGAACACUUCUCUUCAUUUACUCACCGCCCAGCUACCUGUAUUCUCCCAACACUGAUAAAAUUAUCUCCGGGUUCUACACCAUUAUCAUCCCAGUGCUGAAUCUGUUGAUUUAUAGUUUGAGAAAUAAAGAUGUAAAAGAUGUUACUAAGAGAGCUAUAAGGUUAAAGGUGGAUUCUUUAUGA